CCCAUCGAUUGAAGCGUUGAAGUCCGCUAUCACAAAUUAUGAAAGAUCAACUUACUGUCAUUAUGUAGUUCGAGAUUCGCAUUUGUGCAGAAAUGAAAACUCGUACAUUAAAUUUGUGUGCUGGAGACAUGGCCGUAUAACAUCUAGCGGUUCGUCACAGCGGAUCAGACGGAGGAGGUAAUUUUAUAAAUGUUAUUAACAUUUUUUGUCAUGAAGGGCUUCCAUGAACACUCAAUGUCCGGCCUUCAUGUAUUGUAAGAUUAUCGACGGCUACUGGACUGUUGUACGUGGGGAUGUGCAUCACAAUCACGAGUGCAAUUCCUUGAGGUACCAAGGUAAUUCAUGGGUGCGCAGGUUAACAGAGGCCCAGUUUGAAAAUGUGCGACCGCUGCUAGUAUCUGGUACUGCUUCAUUCCACAUUAAGAAUUAUGCUUACCAUUCGUAUGGGAAACUACUGAAUGAUCAAGAUAUCUAUAAUAUGCGGUAGAAAGUGUUCUCACAGGCGAACAUUCCUGGUGAUUACGGGAAAUUGAAAGCGCACAUAACAUCUUUGGGUGGGCGAUGCGAAUACGAAUUAGACGAUGAGAACUGUCUAUCGUACUUGUCUUCAGCACUGGUGAUCAAAAGAUUUCUGCAGACCGUUUCGGUGAUGUUAUUGGUUUGGACGGAACAUACAAGACGAAUAACGAGAAUAUCUAUUUAUAUCAGGUCGUAGCCCUUGAUAUGAAUUUGAAGGCGAUACCCGUUUGUAUUGCAUUUAUAAGUCGCGAAACAUCGACUUUGAUUUCUCGAUUCCUGUCGUUCUUCCAACGGUUAACCAACAGUCGACAGGUGGUAGGCAUUGUGACAGAUGAUUCACCUGCAAUAGCUGCUGCCAUCAUGCAGGUGUAUCCCAAUGCUCACCAUAUCUUGUGUCGCGUCCACCUUGUUCGCAAUGUUAUAAAGAGGGUAAGUGUUUCGUUCAUUAACAUUAACCCAGUAACCUUAAUUGUAGAGGGUACGAUCAGAUUCCAUGCGCUGCUCCUGUACAUUUUCCAUUGAAAACGGUUUGCCAUGUCGGCACAUAUUGGUAUACUGUACACACAGUAUGACUGAUGUGAACUUACAGUCAAAUUGUGAUAGGUGGUUACACUCUGAUACUUAUCUGACUCGUAUUGCAGUUGAGAAUUAUUUCCCAAUGCAAUUGAGCCAGCCGAGCAUGAAGAAUACAGUGAUUGCGUUAAUCAGGCGACUGUCUGAGGACAACCUAACAUCUAUCAUACGAUAUCUAUACGACCAUAACUCAAUUUAAUGAGUAAUAAAAACUGUUGAGAAAUAUUCCGCUAAAAACAAAUCGUACGAUGUAUGUCAUAUCUUGACGAAAGGUAAACCACUCUAUCAUGGUGGAAAAAUCGAGAUGGACUAUUAAUUGAACAGCUGGAUCAUGUAAACUAUGUCCAGACGCUAAUGAAAAUCAAUGUGUGACUUUUGAGGGGGGAAAUGAAGUGUUAAUUUGAGUUCGCCUGACCAGUCAUAGUUUUGUGAUUUGUUAAUCAAUAAACAUGCUUCGGUAACCAAUGAAUUUUCUCCGAUUAACCAAAGUGAAAAUAAUGAUAGACAGACACGUGCCACAUGGUUAGUAAAUGUACAUGCAGUAUUGAUCAUUCAUGCCACGUACUUGAUAAACAAACCGGACUAAUAAUAUUAUUUACUAUCAUAUUAGAUGCCGACUGUCGAUCCUUGUGGUUGUCAGUGCAACAACACGUGGUGUCUCCUAGUUUGGAUGCAGAUUAUAAAAAUGAAUAUUCAACGCUAAAAAUGUUGUGUAUCAAUAAAAUAAUUUCAUCUAAUGGAUACCUAAAUACAAACAAAGCUAAUUUUAUAUCAGGAGUUCUUGGAAUUGUCUGGGAACAUAUGCUACAAAACUUGAUCCAGUCUAAUGGUUCUAGUAACAGUCCUGCAAACAUAAAGUCUAACGAUCAUGAAAAAGAGGAAAUUUAAGUAGAUUAAAACCAAUAAUAUUAUGUUUACAAUUAUCUGCUUCACAUUCUUCUGGUCUUCAUAUGCUUAAACACGGCUCUGAGCAAUUGGAAAGUACUGAAUAAAUUGUUAGUAAACAUAGUUUUUUUUUAGUGUUUAUGAAUCCUGAGCUAUUAAUCGUCAAAAAGCUGUAAGUGUUUCUAAAAAAUUUUAAAUACAUUGCGUAAUCAUGUACAAUGUAGACCACAUAACGUUUGCUUUUAAGAAUUUCCGACGAAAAAACUACAAACGACUGAAGUCGCUUGUAAUUAAUGGAAUAUCAUGAAAUACAUGUCAUUUGCACUGAUUAUGCUUGCCUAAAAAUCAUUUGUCAACACAUAAACUUACAUCACAUUGAGUAAUUCUAAUAGUAGGUAUUCUAAACUGAUGACUUCUAUAGCAAGGUCACUUAAUUGAUUAAUUUGUCGUGUGCGAAUUACAUUAUUUUGUAAGAUUAACUAGCACAGAACAGGGUGUUGAGAGUUUCAUAAUAUACAAAAACUGUAGACAUUUUAGAUAUGCGGUCAGUAGGUUUAUACAAAAUCAAGUUUCGUUAGUCCCACUUUAAAGGUGAAGUAGCUUCCCGAUUUCAGACUUAAUAUUUUUGUGACAGAACUAUUCCAAAAUAAAGGGAAUCAAUCAACGUAUUCGCCAGGUACUUUGGUAUGAACCUCUAAGUUUGAGGGCCAUUUAUAAUACCUUGUUAUCCAAACCGAAGUUGGAUAGCGGAGUUCGAACCCAGGACUUAGUGGCUGACAGUCGGACGCCGUAAGCACUAAUCCACCGUUCUAUCACAACGACUAAGUAAAAUCUGUUCCAGCGUAAAUCCAAUGACAAACUUGAAACUAGUUGAUUGAAAUGACCCAAAUAGGAUAUUUGAAGUUAAUCACAAAGAUGUGCACGUGCUGUCUAUGUUAAUAUAAACCUAUCACAUUACAUCCAUUUACAAGUCGCCUUAUCUUGUUGUUUCAGAUUGGCAGUUAUCUUUUUAUUAUUUAUUUAUUCAGUUUUGUUCUAAAUUGCAAUAACUUUAUCUACAGAUAUAUUUGGUCUAACGACUUUCUACCUUUUUUCUUGCAAUAGACAGAACUUCAAAAUUAAUUAUUAGGCAAAGUCAUAUGCAGAUGACUGAGUGCUAUCUUAGGUAUAUAGUAGUUUUAAAUUUUGAUAGAGUGUGAAAAUUACUAACGCUGUACAUAUUUUUUGCAUCUAAUCAAGACUGCUGUCCAAGGAGAUAUAAUAUCGUGGAUCCUAACAUCAUAAUACAUUGAGUAGGAUAUAAAUUAGUUUAAUAUAAUUUACUAAAUAAGAGUUAACAUAACUCACCUACAAGCAGUCUGUAAAUCGUCAAUUAUUCUCUAUUAAGCCAUAAACUGAACAAAAGUUAUUACUGUCCAAUGAAUUAUAAUAAUGAUUGAAGCUAAUGAAACUAAGACUGGAGAAAAUGUUUCCACAGAUUGUCUCCGACUGUCUUUUAGAGAAGAGAUUGAGUUUGCAUGGGCAUAGUAUAAGAUAAAGCGGUCCAUUUGGACCCCAAUUAGGUUUUUAAGAAAAAGCAUUUUUAUAGAUAACGGCAAAUAAUUUGACAGAGCUAAUUUCUUUUCACUCCUGUGUGGUUAUUUUGGUCGACAGAAAAAUUUGUAACUCCCCAUGAUUUAUUUUGUUUUCCAGGGUGUUAUAAUUAUAUUUUUCACUUAUUGUUUACUUGUGCUACCAUGAUUGUUUUCUUUUUGUUCAUUUUCUCGAUUUUUUAUUACUGUACCAUUAAAACCAUAGGGAUGCAAACCUUUUAAAGAAGUAGGUUGUACAUUUCUCCUCCCUUGCAUUAAGACGAUUGUUUCCCUAGUUUUUACAUAGAGGAUACAUCCCAUUGUCACCACAUUAAGAGCAUCCAUAAAUACGGGUGUAUUGAGAUGUUCUAAGCUAUGAUAAUUAGGAUUAGGCCAUCAUCAGCGUAGGAUUUUAUGGGAAUGCGUUACCAUGCAAUUAUUGAUUACAUUGACUAUCGAUAAUCUUACCACAUCUUCACCAACCUUCUUGACGUGUUACGGCGUGUAUUGUUGGGAUAUGGCCAUCUUAGUUUUAUUUGCAGUUAUGACUAGGUGUUGUAGCACUGUCAUAAAGUGAUCAGCAGCUCAGUCUAGUUGGUAUAAUUUGCGAAUAUUCCUAUAUAAGAAGUUAAACAAUGUUUUUUGUUAAAAAUAUAUAUCUUAACAUCGCAGAUUACUGCUGUUUUUACUAAAAAAAGUCUUGUGUUUUGCCACCGUUUUUCAAGCUGAUCAUAAAAUAUGCAAUGAUGGUUGUCAGAUGUUGACUUAUCUAGUAUAACACUACUUUAUUAAAACAUUCUUCAUAGACACGGAUUGUAAUCAUCUAAACUAUUUUAUUGUAAGGGUUACUUCGUAAAUAGUAAGCUUUAAAAAAUUGUGAACUUCAAGAGGUUGACAAAUGUGUGUCUAUCUUAUGCUCUGAUUUUCAUUGUUCUUCAUGUUGAUCUUGUAGUAACAAUGUAAUAUAUUUACAAUUUAAUAGAAUAUCCUAAACCAUUCGAGAAAUAUUUAAACUUUAUUUAUUCUUCACUUUUUUUAUGCCAAUCUAAUUAAAGUAGCUCCAACAAAAAGUGUUACGAAUUAAGAAACCUCAUAUAUUUUCUGACUAGAUAGUAGCAGAACUACCCCAGAUUUCAAACACUGCUUUUCAACUCAAAGUAUUAAGGAUGAAAUGAUCAACAAAGCAGUUAAGCUUUUUAAAAAAGAUACCUCUUUGUCACAUUUAAUAUCAAAACGUGAAAUUUGCUUCAAAUCACCCGGAUAUUUUAUUAACGCUCAUCGUCUGGUUGAUAUAACGGAUUUAAUUAGCUUUCAUAUGAUACACAAUAAAGAUCAAUUAAAUUCUCUUCUGUUUUCAGAUGUUGGGUCUCUUCUGCAACCACCUGAUGAAGAUAGUUAUUGAUUAUCGCAAAAGAAAUUCAGUUGCUGUGCAAUUUCUAUUAAAAGAAAACUCAAGUGAAGACAAGUAAAAUAGCUACUCAAACCCUUCUACUAAACCCCUUCAUCCAAAUCAAUCUAUGGUUUAUAAAUCAUGCUUUCCAAUAUUUAUAGAUUUCCUUCCAUUUCUAAAUGCUCGGAAAUAAAAUGUUAGUGUAUUUAUGAAAAAUUAGAAUUUAAUACGGAAUUCCUACAUAUCAAUUCCUUUGGAAACCCAUAAUUCGUCAGCAGGUUUGUUAGAAUUUCUGUAAAUCAUCGGAUAGACGAGUACUGGCUUAACAAAGAUUACUUCACUUCAUCCUGCACCAAAAUUCAACGACCAUAUUGCUUCCAGUUAAUCAGCAUUCCAGGAAAUAUUGAUCUGUAAAUGAAAGCUUGGUUUUUUAAGUUAUCCAUAAUGGAGCAAUCAAAUAACACAAACAAUGAUCUUAUGCAAUCGACUAGAUUUUUCUUUCAUUCUAACUUUUCAGAUUUCGUUUACGAGUACCAUUACAAUGCUCACUAGGAGUAUGUGUGCACUUAUCAAGUUGCUUACAUACUCUCGUUACUUCUCGUGGAGGUGCAUUGGCCGCUCACCAGAAUUCUCCACACAGAUCUGAUCUCGACAAUCCUAUUCAGUUGUUCCCACUUGCAAUUCAUCAUUUUCAUAUCUCCUCACAAUUCUCGGUGCACCGUGUUCUCCGGCAUUCCAAAUUUCCGUUUUCCCUCACCAUUCCAAGUUAGAGCUUGCUUCAUGAUGCAGUUUGGUGAUUUCCACAAUGUAUGUCCUAUCUAUUCCCAGAGUCUUUCCCUCAUUUCCUCUUCAGAUGGAGGCUGGUUUGUUCUCUCCCACAGUAGGCUGUUGCUGACGAUAUCCGACCAACGGAUAUUGAGUAUCUCACGUAGACAACUGUUUAUAAAUACUUGUACCAUUUUGGUGUUGGUUGUAAUAGUUCUCGAAGUUUCAGCUCCGUACAGUAGAACUGUCAUGACGUUCGUAUUGAAGAUUGUCACUUUGAUAUUGGUUAAGAGACAGUUGUUUUGAGUUUCAUAUGUUGUAGAAUUAUAGGAAUGUUGCCCUUGCUUUGCCAAUCCUCGCCUUAACAUCUACAUCAAAUCCUCCUUGUUCGUCGAUGAUGCUGACCUGUGAGGUACGUGAAAGUUUCCACCUGUUGCAGAGUUUCUCCAUCAAGUGUGGUUGUUUCGAUUGGUGUUCUCUGUGUUGUAUUUGAGGAUGCUGGUAUUUCUCUUGUGCAUGUUGGAGUCUAAUGCAACAGAGACCGCUGCUACACUUUUCAUAUUGAUCUGCAUUUGUUCGUGUGUAUGGGAUAGAAGUUCUGGGAGAUCUGUGAAGUCCAAAUCGUCUAUUUGAUUCCGAGCUGUCGAUUGUAUUCCGUGCUUCCCAUUAGAUGUGGAGGUCUUCGUAAUCCAGUCAACGACCAGAAGAAUGAGAAAGGUGAGAGGGAAAGAGGCAGAGAGAGUAAGCAACCUUGCUUGACUCCGGUUAUCACUUGGAAUGCGUUUGCCAGCCGUCCUACAUGCACGACUUUGCAUCGUAGUUCGUCGUAUGAAUUUCAGAUGAUGUUGGCGACUUUCUCAGCUACUGACACCAUAGUGUGGAAAAAGGUCCCAUAGGGUUCUCCUAUCCACUCCGUCAACUGUUUUCGCAUAGUCAGUGGAGUGGAUGUAUAGUGACGAAUUCCAUUCAAUUGAUUGUCCAACGAUUACCCGUAUUACCACAAACUGGUCCGUGAACAACCGAUCCUUACGGAAUGGAGUCUGUUGAACUCUAAAUUGGAUGUCUGCUGAAUCUUUCAUCUGGUUGAGCAACAGUCUUUUGAAAACCUUUCCUGCUAUCGAUAUUAGUGUGAUUCCUCUGUAUCUCUUCUAGAAAAUUACUGCCGGUCUCUUGCCCGGCUAAUGCAGGAGGAUUGGGCAUGGGUUCGGCAACCCUAUCCUGUAGAUAAAAACACCAGCCAAAUUAAUUUUACAUAGUUUAAUAAAUAUUCCAACAGUAUUGUAUUAUAUAUUUUUCAGUGUUCUUAUCGAAUGUAUUACUUUUUUCCACAAAAAUAAAAUAAUAGAAGCUUUGAUUUUUCUCAUUUAUUCAUUCAAUUUGUGUGUUUGUUGUUUUAUAUUUCAUUUGUAGAGAGAAUUUUAGCUUUUUUAUAUUUAAUCAUUACCUUAGUUGAUUAUUCCGAGACUGACUAUUUAAAAUGUUUUGAUAACAACUCUGUUUUUCUUCUCAUCAUGUUUAUCGUCAGGAUAUUCGUAAAUGAACACAGGGAUUGUUAGUUUAUAUUGAAGUAUUUUACUAAAUGUGAUUACGAUUUAUCAGUAGACAUGCUUUCAGUUAGUCGUUGAAUUGUAUUCUAUUAUCUAUUGGCAGUUUCGUCACUGGGCAUUCCUUUCAUGUGAACUUAGUUAUCCUGUUGGUAAACUUUCCUUUACCAUUUAAGAAAGUAUUAAAAUACCAAUUGAAUAUGUUGUAUAUGUUGCCUUGUUAAUAGAAAAAUAGGCCUCAGUAAUUUUUUGUUGCUGUUGCAUUGAUGUGUUCAUAUAUAUAUAUAUAUAUAUAUAUAUAUAUAUAUAUAUAUAUAUAUCUUCUAGGUCUAAUAAUGAUCUAAAUCUACUCUUCAAUUGAUAUGUUCAAAAAGACGCAUAUGGUCAGGACCCUACACUAAUUCUGAAUGCGAGGUAUUAGUGGAUAUUAAGUCUUUUUGCGUUAUCACUUAUGUAAAACGAUUUUUCACUGAUGUUUCUUUGUUGAAGAAAAAUUUCGGGUUAAUGUUCACUGUUCUCAUACAUCCGACGAAGUAUACCCUAACUGUUGUAUUCGCUAUACUACUAAGUAACAUGUGAAAUGAUUUUUUCUUUCCUGUGUUAAAAUGUACUUCACCGAAAUGUAUUUCUUUUAAAUUCAGAAUUAUGCUCCAGGAUUAACUUUAUUCGCUGCCUAGUUUCAUUAAUAUCCCAACAACUUCUAUCACCUUACAAUCAAAUAUAUUUUCGUAACAUCUAUUAGCAUAUGGAUGUGCUAUUUUUUUUUCUCAAGAACGCUAUGUGGUUGAAAAAUGCAAUAUGAUUGCGUCUAUUUUUCUAAACCACAAAUUUCUUCUUUUCCUACUUUUCUUAGGUAUUUAUGAAGGUUUAUUUGUGUUACAUACUAGCUGAAAUUGUUUCAUUUUCAUAAUUCAACCCACAAUUUUAAUGCUUGUUCUUCUGUGGAUCGAUCAGUAGCUAAUGCUUUCACGUAUUAUUUACAUUAAAAUUACACAAUUAAAUUUGACCUUGUGAUUCAAGUCUGAGAUUAGUGAGUAGAUUCAGUCGUGAUUUUUUUAAUGUUCUAGAUACAUCCUUUUGAUAAUUAAUAAUAUUUCUUACAUAAUAAGCUGUAACUAAAAGCUUGUUAAACAAUAUUGUACGUACUUACUGAACAACCAAGAAUUUUUAUACGAAGUUAGUUUAUUAGUUCAUCAAUCAAUUUUUGGUCCAUAAUUUGAAUAAAAUCUUUCCUUUUGUGUAACAACGAUAGUCUAUUUAUUUUUUCAUUUAUUUUUAGCCUAUUUUAAAUCCCUUGCUUCUACCUAGUCAGGGGAUUUAAUAGAAUAUCCAUCAAAUUAUCAAAGCCAUUAUUUUUCAUCCUGCUUUCACUAACAGAAUCGAUGUUUCAGUCAAGAAAGUCAAUUUCUUUCCUACUAUUCACUUUUUACAUAACAAUUUACUGCCAGUCAACGAUCUUUGACCCUGAAACCGGUAAACACUAUCCAAUAUCAGAUUCUUCUCGUAUAGAAGACAUCCCAUUUUUGUUACCUAGUCCUGAUCCUAAAGAGUAUCCACCAGAAUUUCUUAACUCUUUACUGGAGCAUUGUAAUGAUCCCAUGCCUAGUUACAUCGAACUGUUCUCGAAAGCUUGGAUUGCUUUUAAAGAAAUGGGUUUCAGCAAAUCAACGUUUCAAAACACUUUCUUAUUUGUUCGCCGCAUCAUCUCUGCUAUACGUCCAUUACAAGUGUUUCAUGCUUUAUUGACAGGCUUUUUACUUACUCUUCUUCGAGUGUAUAUCACACGAAAGCUUUAUACGAGGCUUAUUACCGAUGCUGGUGUAACUCCAGAAGUUUCUGGUAAACUUAUUGAAUCUGGUUGGAAAUGUUUUUGGUUCUUAUUUAUGUGGCUUUUUAGCCUACAGGUUGUAGUUUUAAGUGGCAGAACAGAUUUCCAAUAUCCCUUGUGUGUCUUUCGCAAUAACAUAUUUACAAUUGGCUACUUUGAUAUUCCGACCCCUCCUGAUUACUAUUGGCUUUAUACACUGCAGUUGGGAUUCUAUUUACAUUCAUUAUGGAGUGUAUUUUUUAUGGAUUUGUGGCGUAAAGAUUCUUCUGUAUUAGUUCUACAUCAUUGUUUGACACUUUUACUGCUAGAAGGUUCAUUAUUGCUAAGAAUACAUCGUGCGGGUGUUGUAACUUUACUUCUACAUGAUUUAUGCGAUGUAUUUUUAGAAUUCGGUAAAAUAAAUGCCUACUUGCGUAUUCGACGCGGAAAAGUGUAUACUAUUCACGUAACUAUUGCCAAUAUAUGUUUUGCACUAUUUGCAACAUCAUGGGUUGUUUUGCGACUAUAUUUAUUCCCAUUGAAAGUUUUAUACGCUUCAUCUUGGGGAGCUUAUAUUUGUUUAGUCGGUCGAGAAAACAGAGGAUUUCUGUUUUUCAAUUUACUGCUAUGGUGUUUAUUUGCAAUGCAUAUAUAUUGGUUUACGUUCAUUAUACGUAUGGCCAUUCGAAUAUUUACAAGUCCAUUAGAAGCAUGUGAUGAUAUACGUGAAGAUACACCGAAUAAAAAGAUCGACAAUAUGAAUCUGUGUAAACAUAAGACUACAUCAGAAACAGUUUUAAACAAUAAUCAUAAUCAUAUCACUACUACUUAUACUGCCACUGAUAUCACUGAUACAUCUUUCAUUGUAAAGCAGAUUAAACGAAUAGAAAAUAAUAGCAAUAAUAAUCAUACGGAUAAAUCUUUGACAAAUGGAAGUACAUACAUAUCAACCAAGUGCAAUUAACUAGAAUUUAUUUGUUAUAGACAAGGAUGAAUUGUUAUUUACACAUAACAUAACUUGUGAACAAACUAUAUUAGAUAAGUUUGUGUUUCAUACUCAUUCCAUUUAAUUCUAUUCAUUACUGUUUUGUCAAUGGUUAUUUUCUAUGCUCCUCUCUUAUUUUAUAUUCUAUUCACAUAUCUAUUAAUUUGUAAGAGAUUCAAAUUUUCUUUUCUGUAUGUUUUAAUUGUUGUUUGUUUACUUCUCGAUUUCACUACACACUGAUUUUUUUCACAAUGAGAUUGACACACACACACUCACAUACACAUUGCAGUUAACUAGGGAUCUUUUAUAAUUUCAACUCUUUCAAUAUGGUGGCACUUUUCCUUCAAGAAUUCUUGUUCAAUGUCUUAAUAGAGAUAUAUACAAGUCACUAUUAUUUUGUAUUUUGUUUGUAUUCUGAGAAAAACGAUUAAAUUUGUAACCAGAUGUAUUAGGUGAACUUGAGUUUUAUUUUGUCUUUCUGUGAUCUUUAUGUGUAGUCAUUUCUGUAUGAUAUGCGUCUAGACACGCCCUCUCAAAUGGAAGUAAAAUAAUAUUGUUGUUAUUAUGUAAUGAGAGUGGGAUAAAAAAGAUCUCAUGGAAAGUGGGAGUACACAAUUUGUACUUGACUUUCUCAUAUAUUGCCAUAUGUAGAUCCAACUGCAAUGUUAGUAAAUAUCUCCCUACCUCUUUUUCUUUCACUCUCUGUAUGUUGUAUGAUGUAAUGAAAUCAUCAGUCUUCUUUCUUUUUUUAUGUAUCAUUUUGAACUUCUACUGUUUUCAUUAUUUCGACUUUCAUUAUAGUUUUUGGAGUGGUUUUUGUCUUUUGUUGUUGUUUACACUUUUGUUUUAAUAAAACAAAGAAAAGAGUAGUGAUAAUGAGGGGAAUGAAACCCAAGAAAAAUGAUGAUGGUUUAUUUCGUUUGAUCUGUAGCCCAAUGGUUAAAUCAUUCACUAUCCGUCAUCAAGUUCGAGGUUUUGAACCUCGUUCCAUCUAAUUCGGUUUGGGCAACCGAGUAGGAUCAUUAGCCCAUAUAUUUGAACAGUGCCUUAUACUGAAGUAUCUGGUGUAUGGGUUAGUUAAAAUUGAAAAUUUUAUAUAUUUCAUCCCUUUACAACAGACUCUGUGUGUAUCAGUAUAUUUGUAACGCGAGUUCUUCAAACAUUUAAUUAACCGUGAGGGUACUCAGUCCUCGGUUACUAUUAUAAGACUUUAGGAAUUGUGUAGACUUUAAUAGUAUGUUUGAGUGGUACUUAGCCUCAAAAGCUGAAUUGUCUAUACAAAGACUCAAGAGGACGGAUAUUGAAAAUGAAACAACUUACUGCGGAAGGUCUUAUGUAAUAAAGCGACAAGGUUACGUAAAUAAUGUUUGACACAAAACUGUGACAGUAUUAUCGGAAAUGCAAUUGAUCGAAGGAUAUGCUGAUACUAGAGCACUCAUCAGCCUGUGAAAUGAUGACCUGACUAAUUGGCCAAAUUUAUUGAGUGCUAUGCUAUGGUUCAAAAGCAGUUGUGGUGCUGAUUAGUAGAUGUAACAUAAUAAUUAGGACCUAUAGCGCAACACUGGAUCUUUAGCAUAAUGAUUACUAAAUUAUACCGAGUGAAUUUGAACAAUGCGAAUUCCACGACGCUUGUGUUAAAUAAAGAGGAUUCAGUGUGUCUCAGUAGUUUUUCAACAGCUGUUAUUAGUCUCAAUAAAUUAUGCCAGGAGACUUCCGGUCACAUGCCAUAAAAAAUCAUUCAUUCUAAGCUCUAAUUAGCCAAUUUCACAGAAGCGCUUUAGCCAAUAAAUGUCCA